CACUUCAAUUCCACCAGUCAAAUGACAGCCCAGUCUUCAAAGACAGUUCUGUCCCUGGACUCUGAGGCGGUGUUCUCACUCAAAGAUGGCAUCAACUUUAAGAGGAGCCCAGAUGAUGGCAAGUGCUACAUCAUAUACAAAGAAAAUGGAGAGCUGAAGGCCUGCAAGAACCAAUGCAAACACCAAGGAGGCCUGUUCAUCAAAGACAUAGAGGACUUAGAUGGAAGGACGGUCCGAUGUACAAAACACUACUGGAAGCUGAACGUCUCAACUAUGCAGUAUGUGAACCCUCCCGACAGCUUCACACAGGAUGAGCUGGACGUUAUGAUGACGGUUGAGGGUGGUCUUCAGCUCGUGGAGGUGAUCGUUUGGGACCCCUGGUUGGCAGACCCCCAGGAUCCACAAGAACUGCAGGAGGGAGAGGUGACUGUGACCUACCUCACCCAUGCAUGCAUGGAGCUCCAGCUAGGGGGGAAGAAGAUGAUAUUCGACCCCUGGCUGACGGGUCCGGCAUUCGCCAGGGGCUGGUGGCUGCUCCACGAGCCCCCUGCUGACUCCAUGGAGAGGCUGUGCAUGGCCGACCUCAUCUACAUCAGCCACAUGCACUCCGACCACCUCAGCUACCCAACCUUGAAAUCACUCUCUGCGACGAGACCCGAUGUUCCUAUUUAUGUAGGCGACACAUCAAGGCCUGUGUUCUGGAUGCUGGAGAAAAGGCAGGUGCAGCUGACAAAUAUCAACGUAGUUCCCUUUGGCAUUUGGCAAAACAUUGAUGAGCACCUCAGAUUCAUGAUUCUGAAGGAUGAAGUGCACCCCGAAAUGGACACCUGUAUCAUUGUUGAAUAUAAAGGUCAUAUGAUCCUCAACACGGUGGACUGCACCAGGCCAAACUACGGCCGACUGCCUCACAAUGUAGAUCUGAUGAUGAGCGACUUUGCUGGGGGGGCGUCUGGCUUCCCCAUGACCUUCAGUGGAGGAAAAUACACAGAGAGCUGGAAAGCCGAUUUCAUCAAGAAUGAAAGGAAGAAGCUCAUGAACUACAAGGCCCAGCUGGUAAAGUCCUUGCAGCCCAAGAUCUACUGCCCGUUUGCCGGUUACUUUGUGGAAGCACAUCCCUCAGACAGGUACAUUAAGGAAACUAACACGAAAAACAACGCAGAUGAGCUCAAUGCCCUGAUCAAGAAGAGCGCUCCAGGCAUAACAACAUGGACACCAAAGCCAGGCGCUGUGCUCGAUCUGGCCCUGGCUCUGAUGAGCCCCAGCCGGACAGCCAUCACCGACCCUCCGUCCGGGACAAACAUCUAUAAGGACAGUUGGGACUUUGAUUUGUACGUGGAUGAACUGAACAGGGCCAUCACCGCUGAGAUAUUUAAACAUAAAAGCUGGAUCCAAUUUUAUUACAUCUGGGCAGGGUUUAAAAACUACAAUCUAGUUGUCCGGUUCAUUGAGACAGAUGAGGACUUCAUUCCAAUAGACAAUGGCUACAACUAUCUGGUGGACUUCAUGGAUCUCUCCUUCCCUACUCAGAGGCCCACUAGAGAGCACCCUUAUGAGGAGAUCAAGACCAGGAUCGGAGUCAUGAGGCACGUGGUGAAGAAUGGCCUUCUUUGGGACGACCUGUAUAUCGGCUUCCAGAACCGUCUGAGCAGAGAGCCAGACGUCUACCACCACCGGUUCUGGAACCACUUCCAGACAGAGUUGCCAGUCGCUGGGCCAGACUGGGACUUGUUCCUGCAGCAGGUGUCAUCAUACCAGAGGUCUGCUGAACCCCAGGGAAUCCAAACAGAAAGUGGCUCUGCUUCUACAUUGUAUUAGAAAAAGCAGACUAUACUGUCUGAUGAGAACCAAGCGUUGUGCCUGUAUCCAUUAAUGAAUAGUAAUGAAUAAGAAGACCUGCUCUCCCUGUCACUGUAGGUACCACCAACCUCCCUGUGCUACUGAAACAGGGAAAAAGGGACGUGGCUGACAAUAUUUAAUUUCUGAAUUGGUUCAUUUAGGGUUCAUUUUCGAAUUAGUUUUUUCAUAUAAUAGUGAAAUCUAUUAGCAUAGCGUCUAUUGUUGCUUGGCAGGUCUGUAUGUAGGGGACCAUUACCAAACAGUAGGAAAACAUAUGCACUAACUACUAUGCCGCUCUGGAUAAGAGCGUCUGCUAAAUGACUAACAUGUAGAAUAUGAAUAAACCUUGUAUCAUUGAUUAUCAUGUGUAUUAUUGAUUAUAUGAUUUUGGACGUGUACUGACAAUGCAUUUGCUAUUUGUCCAACGCCUACUAAUUGAACAUAAUUCAGUUUUUCCUUUUUCAUAACAAAAAUAAAAAUAGGUUUGGGUUAAGGGUUAAGUUAAUGUUAGGGUUAGGUUAAUGUUAGGGGUUAAUGUUAGGGUUAAGUUAAUGUUAGGGUUAAGGGUUUGGUUAACGUAAAGCCAGUUUUAGAUUUUGGCUAGUAAGGCUGUGAAUGGGAUGCUGGUCAGAGAAGUCAGCUUAGUCAUUUAUGAAUGUACUGUAUUAAGCUGCUGUACACUGGGGCUCAACUAGAAUUUGUCAACUUAAAAUGUU